UUGGUCAGUUUGCAGGCAGGUCAAACGGCAAACACGUCAGUUGGUGUUUGUCACACUUAUCUGCCACUUCGGAGUAAAGCGCGCAAUUCUCGUGGUCUCGCAUUUCUCGCGUCUGACACGCGGCUCUUACAACACGUGUGACGAUUUCACAACGUUUAAUCGUGAACGAUAAUUCCGGACGGAAAGCAGGAGAACGCGGAACAACGCUCUCCUAAAGGGGGGCUACAGAAUCGAAGUUGCGCCAGCGCCGAGGAUUACUUUUCAAACGAGCGCAGGACAAAAUGCGGCGUGUCAGCGCGCCCGGGUAAUUUGACGUGUGUGCAACGUGCAGUAUAUUUUUUUUUACAGUGUUAUCAUAUUUGUGGUGAGUUCUCUGGGGGAGGGGGGGGGGGAGGAGCUUUCCGCACGAUCGAUCGUCGUGACGGUGAAUAUCGAAGGGAGGUGUCGCGGCACAAACGGACAACGAGAAUGCCAACGGACGUGACCGAAGUCCCAGGACUCGCAGUGGUGGCAGGGGAUGUUCUUACCCUGCGAGGCACAGGACUCGCUGCUGCAGAAACAUGGGCUCUCCUCUGCCAAGCUGCCCAGGCCCUCCAAGAUCUCUUUCUUUCAAAUGGAGGCGUGGUGGGCGGCUCGAGAGCAGGACCGGUGGUGACUCCGCACACACUGGAAUUGACACCACGUGGUAGGGUUUUGCUGCAGCUUGCACCGCCAGAGACUGCUCGCGCGUACCUACCACCGGAAUAUCGACCCGGUCGGAUUUAUUCGGACACGGAUUCGGAAAAAAUGUGGAUGUAUUCUUUAGGAAGGGCGUUACUUGACACGACUCCUAGAAUAGCGGCAUUAACGGGCACCGUUUCUGUUUCGCCCUCUUCCGCUUUGCAAUCAGUGUUGGCCGCAAUGACGGAACCUGAUCCUCGCAGACGUGCCUCUUUGAUGAAUCUGCUUGACGUAAUAUCCGAAUAUUGCCGGACGCGUCUACAAGCAAGACCCUUUACACAUAUAGUGAUGGAGAUGUAUCGAGAAGUUGUGAGAUCGCCGCAAUAUGCCGCGCGAAAGCGAGCAGCCUACUAUCAGCUGAACGUUCUUUGUCCUACACGAAACAUCAUCGAUCCAUCGAAUCACGAGAAGAUCUAUGGCCAUCAUCAUGCACAGCGGCAGCAGGACCAGGUCCAACUGCCAUCUUUUCAACAUCAGCUUCAUGUCGGACAACAUUUAUUGAAUCAUCUGUCUGUUCAGCGGCAGCAGCAACAACAACAGCAAGAUCACGCUCAAUUUUCGAUUAAUCAAUUUCGCUCGCUUCAACAGCAACAAAAUUACGUACAGGAUCAUCGUCACAAUCAUCACCAUCAUUAUUACACGAAGGGAGCGCAUUUCCGAACACAAUCGCGCAAUUCUCUGUCGCAUCCUAAUCUAUCAAGCUUAUGCGGCUCGCAGCAGCAGCAUGCAGAAGUUAUCAGUAUGAACACCUAUAGAACGCAGUUUCAAUCACAAGUGGACAUCCAAAGCGGUAGUCGAUCGAUAGGACCGGCGACGACUCAUCAUCAACGCCGGAUUCAUCAUCACUCGAGAACGUAUUCACAGCCGGUUUACACGUUGCCUCAGCAUACCAGAAGCAGCGGCAAUCUACCGACGACAACCAACGCGACAGCCGACAGUAAUCCUGACAAAAAUAUUUACAACGACCCGAUAUAUGCCCUGCCGGUUAAGCCCUUUUUGAGCUCCCAGGAUGUGCGGGUCAAUGGACUAAUGGCGAAAGCAAUUCGUUGCAGCGACGAUAUUCACGAUGGAUCAUCAUCGAUAAGCAGGCAUCCUUCAAACACCGGUCACUCUCAGCCUGACGUAAUCUCGCAACCAAACGAACGCCUUCACGAGGAUAUUUACGAACGCACACCUGCGAAAAAAAUGGUCCUUCAAAGACAACAUUCGAAUCCGCAACUGCCUAAUAGAACGCAAGUUGAUGAUGAUUUCAAGCGAUUGUCGCAACCGAGCGUCGCGACGAUCGAACCUCGAUGCGUCGCGCAAAAAGAAGAACAAAUUAUUCGACAACAAAAUCCAGUGCCUUCCUUGAGGCUCAGGGGAAUCCAAGGACCUCCAAAACCACCUCGAAUUAUCACCACCCUAAGAAGAGCUGCUCUUUCCGACUCAGAAUGUAACAGCCAGACGGAACCACCGGCGAAACCUCCCAGAAUUAUGAUGAAAAACGGGCCAAGAGCUCGGCGGGGAAAAGCAGUGCAAAGGGCACCAUCGCGCCUGUAUAGAACGGUUGGUGGACCCAUGAGAUGUUUCAAUAAAGCGCAAUGUGUAGGUCCUGAAUUUGUCGUUCGUGCCAAUCAGCCCCCAAAAACAUUGUGCGUGGGUCAAGUCAAGGCGGGCAGUUCUGGCCGGAUAGUCGUAAUAAUGCUGACAGGACAACGCGUAGAGGUAACAUGCGAUCCUCAAAAGGUCACCGCCGGAGAUUUAUUUCAGGCUAUUGUCCAAGCGGAGAGUCUAGACGAGAAUUUCACUUUGGGACUGGCCGUGCUACUGGCCGGGGAUUUCGCGAUAUUACCGCCCGAUACGAAAUUAAAUAAAGUCGCACCACCGGGGUGGUUAAGCAGCGGCAAGAGCAAAAGCCUCCUGGGUCUACCAACCAGUUUCAUGCUAUAUCUGCGGCUUCGAUUUUUUUUGCCAUCCCUUCGCGGUAUCAGAAGCUGGAUAUCGAUGCAUUUGCUAUAUCUACAAAUAAGGCGAUGUAUACUGGAGCAGCAGUUGGUCUGCCCCUAUUCCGAAUUAAUCAAUCUGACGGGCCUUGCACUUCAAGCCGAAUUCGGAAACUACAAUGUCAAUGAGCACGGCUGUGGGCAUUAUUUCCUUCUCGAGCAUUACGUGCCGGAGUCCCUGAUAUUGAGCGCAGACCGGCAUCAAUUGCAGCCCUGCGUCGACGCCGAUACACUUCGAGCGCAGCUACACCGGGCUCACCGCGAACGCCGUGGCUUAGACUCGAACAAAGCCGAAGAGAUGUUCAUAACUCACGCGCAGUCCCUGCCAGAUUACGGCUCACACUACUACAUCGCCACGGUGGACUCGAAGGAGCUCGAGAAGCUAAUGGUACAGCAGAGAAAAGGGAAGAGGACCGUGUCCGACAACCGCAAUGUCGCAUCGUCGCUCGAUGGCGUGGAAAACGCUUAUCGCCAGAAGAAAUCUUUAGAACAGGAAGCGUGUCCUGCUUACGGCAACAUCGGAGUUCCGCGAUUAGGCUCUUGCGAGAACGUGCCGAUAAUUCCUUACGCGGACGAGCGCGCAAAAAGCACAAGAUUGUAUCACGACGAAAUGUGCAUUAAUAAGAACAAUAAUAACAAUAUUAUCAUUAAUAGCAUUAACGGCAAUAACAAUAAAAAUAAGACCGGCAAGAAGAAAGCGGAGAGCAACGUGUGGCUGGCGAUACACGCUCAAGGCUUGAAGCUGCUAGAACGAGGAGGAGAGCCGAGGGAGAGAACGGAACUGGCUCACUUUCAGUGGCGGGAUGUGCAGACGUUGAGUUACAGCAAGAGUUGCCUGGUAGUGUACAGCAAGUUGAACGGAAAACGAUGCAAGUUCAAGCUAAGGAUGGAUCAUCGAAAAAGUUACUUCGCCUUUAAGCUAACUUCCCUGCAUCAUCAGUUCUUUCUAAGGCUUCGUUCAGAGCUUACGUCGCUCCAGGGCCUCGCGAAUGAUUUUGGAGUGCCUCUGACAACGGAAGCCAAACCAUCGCCAUUGAAAGUCAAGAUCAAUGACGGUAAAACUAAAAUAGCGAUUGCAAACACAGUCAAGGUGCAAAAGAAAAUGAAUUAUCCGAUGCAAUUGGAGGAGUAUCAAAAUAAGGAGAACGAAAAUCCUCAGAAGGACAUUAACGUGGUGGCAACGAAAGACGUCGGUCGUGAACCCGGCUUUUAUUCGUCCGAAGAAGAUGCUCUUUACGCGCAAGUAAACGUGCGAUUAGAGCCAGAAGGUCAAUCGCGAGACACAGAAGAGGAAUCGGAGAGAGGUUUAACGACGCCGAAUGAGAUUUUGUUGGAACCUAAAUCAAGCUUAUUGGAAACGAAAUCGGAGGACGAUAAACUCUACGGUUCCCCUCAAAGAGACAGCGAGACUGAAAUCGAAUGCACGUAUUCGCUCCCGAAAACCAUAUCGAACAAUAUCAAUCAGUUGGAAAAACCUAACAAUCCUGAAGAAUUAUAUGCCGCUAUUAAUAAGGUGCGUCUAUCGGGAAAGAAUGAAUUUCCUGUUCCGGACGAAGUUUGGAAUGUGUCAGACGUGAGGAAGACACUACAAAAGAUGAAGACAUCUAGUUUACCGAAUUACGGCGUGCCAAAACAGUCGGGUGGUUUUCGUACACCCAGCUUACCACGUCGAUUGGGUGUGAAAAUGGGAACACGAGCGAUCUACAGUAGCUUGGUGCAAAAAGAUAUCGCGCUUACCGACGACACGGAAUCGCUAUCUCUAAAAUCCGAUACCGAAUCGUCUAUUCAAUCAAUAUCAGCGCGAUCCACCGAAUCACCCAUGCCGGAAGCAUAUGUGCUGAAUGCCGAUAUACGAACCGACGACGAAACUUUUCGGGUUCCGGAAGACGAAUCGAUGUCGGCAUCUUUAAUGGCUCGUUUAGAAGAGCUGUCGUUUGCCGAGGAACGAGUUUUACACACGAUCAAAUUGGAACGCGGCCACGGUGGUAGCAUAGGUUUGCAAGUGAUGGAGGGUAACGGUGGCGUUUAUGUUCAGGCGGUCUCUGUUGGCGGAUCAGCUGAUAUGGCCGGGAACGUCAAUAAAGGUGACCGGAUCGUAGCAAUAAACGGUCAGAAUCUGCUCAACCUCCGAUAUGAGGACGCUCUGAAGAUGCUGCAGAGUUCGUCUGAAACGGUCGAGUUGGUUCUCUCGCAACCCGCUAAACGAAAGAAUAUAGACUCGAGAGAUGACCAGAACCAGGGUCCCAUAGAAAACCAUUACUUACAUGACAUCAAAUUCGAUGUGUCAGAGGCGGAAACGUCAAGUAUAAUGAACAAAUGGAUCGUUCAGAAAACCACGGAUGUAGCGUCAGUGCAGAACACCUCGAGCGCAUACAGUAGUGCCGCGUCUAGCGCGAUGGGCAAUCAUAAUAAUGCGAACAGCCUAUAUAUGACUGACUUUGUUGACAAUAACGCAUUAAAAUCUGCCAGUAUGCUGCUAUCUAUAGAAGAUUUCGACGUCAGUAGAACAAGCCGUCAAGUUUUUAUUUAGAUAACGGAAAUUCGGCUGAUCCACCCGUACCACCGCGACGAACAAAACGCAAGAACAAACCUGCAUCGAUCGUGUCAUCGGUAACGAGAAGCGAUGCAAUAGAAACGACGAACGACGAUGCGAGAUCUCGGCAAAAAUGUCCGCUGCAG